AUGUUUACGCUAUCAGUUUUCCGCAGUCGGUCAUUGGGAAUUAGAUGGUUUUGUCGUUGCAUAACAAAAGCGAGAAAAAAGAGGAAACGCCCGCCUGACGGAAUGAUGCUGGAUAUACAUGUGAAGCCUCCAAGUAAAGCGCACCCCGUUCCAAAUCCCACUUUGCCGGAUUCCCGAACCCGAGCGCCACAAUGGUUUCCGACCUCGUCUCGUCGUACUGUACACGUCUGCCGCCAAUUUGGUUGA